AUGCGCUGUGCGCCGACAGCCGGAGCAGCCCUGAUGCUGUGCGCCGCCACCGCCGGGCUGCUGAGCGCGCAGGGUCGCCCGGAGCCUCCCGAGACGCCGCGCUUUGCCUCCUGGGACGAGGUGAACGUGCUGGCGCACGGGCUCCUGCAGCUCGGCCACGGGCUGCGCGAACACGUGGAGCGCACCCGUGGGCAGCUGGGCGAGCUGGAACGGCGUCUGGGCGCGUGCGGGGCCGCCUGCAAGGACCCUGAGGGGUCCGCCGCGCCUCCGAGCGCUCAGACCAAUCUGGUCACUCCCGGCGGCGGCGACGCCUCCCCGGAAACCCUCCGCAGCUUGCAGACUCAGCUGGAGGCUCAGAACAGCAGGAUCCAGCAACUCUUUCAGAAGGUGGCCCAGCAGCAGAGGCAAUUGGAGAAGCAGCACCUGCGAAUCCAGAAUCUACAGAGCCAGAUGGAUCACCUGGCCCCCAGGCACCUGGGCCACGAGAUGGCCAAGCCCACCAGGAGGAAGAGGCUGCCCAAGAUGGCCCAGCUUGCUGGCCCAGCUCACAAUAUCAGCCAUCUGCACAGACUGCCCAGGGACUGCCAGGAGCUGUUUGAAGAUGGAGAGAGGGAAAGUGGAUUGUUCCAGAUCCAGCCCCAGGGAUCCCCGCCUUUCUUGGUUAACUGCAAGAUGACCUCAGACGGAGGCUGGACAGUAAUUCAGAGGCGUCAGGAUGGUUCCGUGGACUUUAACCAGCCCUGGGAAGCCUACAAAGAUGGCUUUGGAGACCCCCACGGUGAGUUCUGGCUGGGCCUGGAGAAGGUACAUCGCAUCCUCGGGGACCGUGGCAGCCGCUUGGCUGUGCAGCUGCAGGACUGGGAGGGCAACGCUGAGUCCUUGCAGUUCCCCGUCCACCUUGGCGGUGAAGACACCGCCUACAGCCUGAAGCUCACGCCACCGGUGGCCAGCAAACUGGGCGCCACCACCUUCUCGCCCAGUGGCCUCUCCCUGCCCUUCUCCACUUGGGACCAGGACCACGACCUCCGCAGAGACAAGAACUGCGCCAGGAGCCUCUCUGGUGGCUGGUGGUUCGGCACCUGCAGUCACUCCAACCUGAACGGCCAGUAUUUCCAGUCCAUCCCGAGGCAGCGGCAGCAGCGUAAGAAGGGUAUCUUCUGGAGGACCUGGCGGGGCCGCUACUACCCACUGCAGGCCACCACCAUCCUGGUACAGCCCACAGCGGCCCAAGCGGCCUCCUAG